AUGACAUCAACGGGGAAAGAAGGCAGCGGAGCUCAACAUGCACAAUAUGUUGGACCCUAUCGCUUGGAGAAAACCUUGGGCAAAGGACAGACAGGGCUUGUGAAGUUGGGGGUUCACUGUGUAACAUGUCAAAAGGUCGCGAUAAAAAUUGUCAACAGGGAGAAGCUCAGCGAGUCGGUGCUAAUGAAGGUGGAGCGGGAAAUAGCCAUCCUGAAGUUGAUAGAACACCCCCACGUUUUAAAGCUGCAUGACGUUUAUGAAAAUAAAAAAUAUUUGUAUUUGGUGCUAGAACAUGUGUCAGGUGGGGAGCUCUUCGACUAUCUCGUAAAAAAGGGAAGAUUAACGCCAAAAGAAGCCAGGAAGUUCUUCCGACAAAUCAUCUCUGCUUUAGACUUCUGCCAUAGUCAUUCAAUAUGCCACAGGGAUUUAAAACCAGAAAACCUACUGCUGGAUGAAAAGAACAACAUCCGGAUAGCAGACUUUGGAAUGGCAUCACUGCAGGUCGGGGACAGCUUGUUAGAAACCAGCUGUGGGUCGCCACAUUAUGCCUGCCCUGAAGUGAUCCGGGGAGAAAAAUACGAUGGGAGGAAAGCGGAUGUCUGGAGCUGUGGAGUCAUUUUAUUUGCAUUGUUAGUGGGUGCCCUGCCAUUUGACGACGACAACUUGCGGCAGCUGUUGGAGAAGGUGAAGCGGGGUGUGUUCCACAUGCCACAUUUCAUCCCUCCGGACUGUCAGAACCUCUUGCGGGGGAUGAUUGAAGUGGACGCCUCGAAACGUCUCACGCUAGAACACAUUCAGAAACACAUAUGGUAUAUAGGAGGUAAGAAUGAACCAGAACCGGAACAACCAAUUCCUCGAAAGGUGCAGAUUCGUUCUCUCCCUUCCCUGGAGGACAUUGAUCCAGACGUGUUAGACAGCAUGCACUCGUUAGGCUGCUUCCGUGACCGAAAUAAACUCUUACAGGACCUGUUGUCGGAAGAAGAAAACCAAGAGAAAAUGAUUUAUUUUCUUCUCCUUGAUCGGAAAGAGAGGUAUCCCAGUCAUGAGGAUGAGGACCUACCCCCUCGGAAUGAAAUAGAUCCCCCCAGGAAGCGUGUGGACUCCCCAAUGCUGAACCGGCAUGGGAAGCGGCGGCCAGAAAGGAAGUCGAUGGAGGUUCUCAGCGUGACAGAUGGCGGUUCGCCAGUCCCAGCUCGCAGAGCUAUUGAAAUGGCACAGCAUGGACAGAGGUCUCGGUCGAUCAGCGGAGCUUCAUCUGGUCUCUCCACCAGCCCCCUCAGCAGUCCAAGGGUCACCCCUCACCCCUCUCCAAGGGGAAGUCCCCUCCCUACCCCCAAGGGGACACCCGUCCAUACGCCAAAGGAGAGCCCAGCAGGCACACCCAACCCAACGCCACCAUCCAGCCCCAGCAUUGGAGGAAUGCCCUGGAGGACACGGCUCAACUCAAUCAAGAACAGCUUCCUGGGGUCUCCUCGAUUCCAUCGCCGGAAAUUGCAAGUACCUACACCAGAGGAGAUGUCCAAUUUAACCCCGGAAUCUUCCCCAGAGCUUGCCAAAAAAUCCUGGUUUGGUAACUUUAUCAACCUGGAGAAAGAAGAACAGAUCUUUGUGGUCAUUAAAGAUAAACCACUAAGCUCCAUCAAGGCUGACAUUGUGCACGCUUUCCUUUCGAUUCCCAGCCUCAGUCACAGCGUCAUCUCACAGACAAGUUUCCGUGCAGAGUACAAGUCCACGGGGGGUCCCGCUGUCUUCCAGAAGCCAGUGAAGUUCCAGGUGGACAUAACAUACACAGAAGGGGGCGAGGCACAGAAGGAGAAUGGGAUCUACUCAGUCACUUUCACGCUCUUAUCAGGUCCAAGCCGUCGCUUCAAGAGGGUAGUAGAAACCAUUCAGGCACAGUUGCUAAGCACACAUGACCAGCCUUCAGUGCAGCAGUUAUCAGACACCACUAACUGUGUGGAGUUGAUGACUGGCAGACUUUCCAAAUGUGGCAGCCCAUUGAGUAACUUCUUUGACGUAAUUAAACAACUUUUUUCAGACGAGAAGAACGGGCAGGUGAGCCAUCCCCCCGGCACGCCAACCAAGCAUAGCGCAAACAGCAAGCGGAGCGAUUCCGAUGCUAAUGACUAUGGGUCUAGAGGAGACAAUAAGUACCCCGCUGGCAAAGACAAGUCAAAGAUGGUCUCAUCAGUCGGCCUACAAGACCAACCUUAAAUAAAUACCUUUAAAAAAAUUAAAUAACUUAAAAAACAAAAAGCAAGAAAAAAUCAAAGAAUAUUCCUUAGCAAGCUAGCCUCUAAACUAGAAGGAUGUAUAUACCUUUCCACAACAGUACAAAACUGUCUAUAGACAAAUUUUGUAAGAAGGAAUGACUGUAUAUAUAUACAUAUAUAUAUUUAUAUAUGAUAUAUAAUAUAUAUCUCAGAAACAAACACACACAAAAAGAAAGAAAGAAAAAGAAAGAAAGACAAGGUAGCACAGAUGACAAAACCCAGUUCACCAGAUCUUGGGUUGUGGCUUUUUUGGUUUUGGUUUUUUGUUUUGACAUCUCCCUGUAUUUUGAUUAUUAUUUUUAUUUUUUCCCCUCCUGAUGUUUUGUUGGGUUUUUUAAAUUAUUAUUUUUGUUUCUUGUUCUGUUCUUGCUCUCUCUGUUUCUGACGACACCACUUGUUUCCGCUCUGCUACCAGGAAUUAUCCCGAAAAGUUAACAUGUCAGCCACGGCUUCACCUUCUGUGCUCUGCGGACACUUGUUGACGGAAGGAAACCGAUGUAGACUGUCCAAGGACCAGUCCUGUUUGAGGUUCCCAGCCUCCCCCUCUGCCCCCAGGAAAUGGGUUUCUCCCCCACCUCCUCCCAAACACCUCCCCAACACACACUUUUUCUCUUUUUCUUUUUGGUGCUCCACGAGGGAGAUCUGCUCAGUAAUGGGAUUGCACAACCUGGGCUGGAAGCAGGUUGCAAUUGUUGGAGCGACACCAUUGUCCUUGACAACAUUCGUCUGUGCAGGUGAACUCAGACUGGCAGGGGGAGGGGGACAAGAAACAAGGGGAAAUGUAACAAUGAAACCAGGGAGCACUCUCAGCCAAAACCACCAAGGAGUGAGUAAAAGCAAAGCAUCGAACCAAGACAAUAUCGGGGAGUUUCACUGUGGGAUUUUCUCCAACUCCUUUUUCCUCCUUGUCCCCACCCUUUCCUUUUUCUUUUUUUUUUUAAUUGUGUUUGUUUUUUAUACUCUUAUCAUUUUGCUUUUCGACCUGCUGGAGGGGGAGGGAAUCCUCUCGUGGGGGUUGGGGGAAUGAACAAACACAAAAACAAACAAACAUUCAAACUUAGGGAAAAGGCAACAUACGGCAGCAAAAGAGGCGGGAAAGGAUUCUGCCUAGCUGAGAACAGUCUCUCUUGCCACCAACUGCCGUUGCCGCUGCUGCUGCUGCUCCUUCUUCAUCUUCCUCCCCACUCUUCAACUCCCGCCUACCACACUGCCGUGUUGGGACCUUCUUCCACCAUCUGGAUCCUCCAACACACCCUGCAUUUGGAUGCAAUUGUCGUGUCGCUCGUGCUGCAUCAAUAUCAGUAUUAUUAUUUAUUUGUUGGUUUUUAUUUAUUUAUUUAUUUGAUUUAUUGGGUUUUUCAACAAACAGAAGAAGAAGAAAAGAGGGUAAUUUUGGUUUUUUUCCAUGAGUGUGCAUGUGCAUACCACUGGCACUUCGUUCAUCUGAGUGAGACGAGGAGUCAGUGCUAUGGGCAAGUGAAUCACGAAGCUACUGUAAACUUUAAAAAUUACUGCAAGAUAUUUUUAUAAACCUUUUUUUUUUUUUGACGGGGCUGGUGGGUGGGAGCGGGUGGGCAAGGACUGUUUUUUGUGUUUAAGUUAUUAUUAGGUCUUGGUUAUUUAUAUAUACAUAUAUAUAUUUAAAAAAUUAAGCUGUUAGAUAUAUCUUCUGUUAAUUACUGUGUAGAGGCGACACUGAUUCCUAUUUAUUUUGGGGAGAGGGGGAAAAAAGGUAGAAAAAACCUUAAAUGGUCCUGUUGCGAACUUGACAUUUGUAUUUUAUUUUUUUGGUCUUUUUGCCCUGAGAGCUACACGACCAAGUGUAAUUUAUUCUGGCCCAAGUUCAAAGGUUAAAACAAACAAACACGGUUGUAAACGUCAAAGACAAAAAAUCACAAUGAGAAACACUUCUUUACUGAGGUUUUAAGAAUGUAGGGUUAGCAUUAGAGUGCACUUCUCUUAUGACCUUCAAUUGCUGUUUGUUGGGUUCCUCUGGGUGUAUGUUGUACUACAAGAAUUUUUAUUUUUUUUUUAAAUGAUAACAUUGGACAGUUUCUCUCUUUUUGUUGUUGUUGUUGUUGUUUACUUUGUCGCCCCCCCCCCCAUCCUUCGACCGGUUUCACUUGUACAUAGGUUUGAAAUUUAAAAAAAAAAUAAGUAAGGCACAAUUGGGAUGGUAACCUUUAACCCUUGAGCUUUCCUUGUCCCCCAAAUGGAAGAGAUUUAUUUUAUUUAUUUUUGGGUUGUUUUUAAUUUAUUAUUUUUUCCUAUUCUUAAAAUUGUAUUGCUGUGUGCAUGUCAGAUGCCGUGGGGGUGAUGGCUGGGGAUGGGGGGAGGCCAGGGUGCAAGAGGGGGGGCAGUUUUAAUUGCAUGACAUUGCUGUAAAUUAGUCUCUUUUGCUUUCGUUGUCUUUCCUGCCUCUGCCCUCUCUCUCUGCCCCUCCUCCAGGAUCUCCUGCAACCACCUCCAUCCUCUUUUCCCUCUUUUCUCUCUGUGUAUAGAUUUUUGAUGCUUCUGUUACAUUGUACCUCUACAAAAGGCUGGGAUUUCGAUACAAAAUAAUAAUAAUAAUUUACAAAAAAAAAAAACCUAUAUCAGCAAAACCCAUGCGGUACAAGCAGGAAGGGGAUUACUUACACAAGAUAUAAGAAUAAACGAAAGCAAUACCUCUUGUUAUCCUUCCGAUUUUGUACUUUAACGACACACAUGCGCGCACACACACACACACACUCACAGAAACCAACUGACAUUAUUUAACAGUUUAAAAUGGACAAAAAAUCUGAUGUAUCCCUUGUUAAAUAACUGUGAGCAACUUUAGUUCAAAAAACAAUAAAUUCAUUCAGUAAAGACACUA